AUGACUCUUCUACCUGGAGAAAAUUCCGACUAUGACUAUAGUGCCCUGAGCUGUGCUUCAGAUACUUCCUUCAACCACACAUUCUUUCCAGAAACAGAAACCCUUAAGGGAGUCUUUUACCAAAGAGCCAAGGUAAUUCACCCUCAAGAGGAUCUCCUAAAAGGCUUUCACCCUGAUGAUCGGAAGCAUCAUAUUAUUAUAAACGUAGGGGGCAUUAAGUAUUUGCUCCCAUGGACCACGCUUGAUGAAUUCCCAUUGACACGUUUGGGACAACUAAAAUUCUGUAAUAAUUUUGACGACAUUCUAAACAUCUGUGAUGAUUAUGAUGUGACAUGUAAUGAAUUCUUUUUCGACCGCAACCCAGGGGCAUUCAGGACAAUCCUGACCUUUUUGCGGGUUGGAAAACUUCGGCUCUUGCGUGAGAUGUGUGCACUGUCUUUCCAAGAGGAGCUGCUUUACUGGGGAAUUGAGGAAGACAACUUGGACUGGUGUUGUAAAAGGAGAUAUCUGCAAAAAAUGGAGGAGUUUACGGAAAUAAAUGAACGGGAGGAUGACCUCGUAGAAAAUGAAACAACAGGUGAAACAGUAGAGGAGACAAAAAUUGGCUUGUGCAUGAGAAAGUUGCAAGACAUGGUGGAAAGGCCCCAGUCCGGCCUCCCUGGAAAGGUGUUUGCUUGUUUGUCUGUUUUAUUUGUAACUAUUACAGCAGUGAACUUAUCCAUCAGCACCAUGCCAGACCUGAGGGAGGAGGAGGAAAAGGGUGAGUGUUCCCAGAUGUGCUACAAUAUUUUCAUUGUGGAGUCUGUCUGUGUGGCAUGGUUUUCCCUGGAGUUCCUGCUAAGAUUCAUCCAGGCAAAGAGCAAGUUUGCAUUUUUGCGGAGACCAUUAACCCUGAUAGACAUAAUAGCCAUUCUGCCAUACUACAUCACUUUGCUAGUAGACACCACUUCAGUGGGCUAUAAAAAGCCCAGCUCUGGGAGCAUCUACCUGGACAAAGUAGGUCUGGUCCUUCGUAUUCUCCGUGCCUUGAGGAUUCUGUACGUCAUGCGGCUGGCCAGGCACUCCCUGGGGCUGCAGACGCUGGGGCUGACCGCUCGCAGGUGCACCCGGGAGUUUGGUCUCUUGCUGCUCUUCCUCUGCGUGGCCAUCGCACUGUUUGCACCGCUCCUGUAUGUCAUUGAGAACGAGAUGGCGGACUCGCAGGAGUUUACCAGCAUCCCCGCGUGCUACUGGUGGGCUGUCAUCACCAUGACCACGGUAGGCUAUGGAGAUAUGGUUCCCAGGAGCAUUCCCGGCCAAGUGGUGGCACUAAGCAGCAUACUGAGUGGCAUCCUCCUCAUGGCAUUUCCAGUCACCUCCAUCUUCCACACGUUUUCACGCUCCUACAUUGAGCUAAAGCAAGAACAGGAAAGAAUAAUGUACAGGAGAGCACAGUUCUUAUUAAAAACAAAGUCUCAGAUAAGCAAUGCAUCACAAGGGAGUGAUAUUUUAUUCCCCAGUAUCUCUUCUGAGACAAGGGACAACAAAUGAAAUUUAAGUUACUAUUUCUCCUGAUGUCAAGUAAUGUUUUGUUGUAUCAGAUUCCAUCUUUUAAUUUGCUUUGGAAGCAUUUUACAAAAGUAACCCUCAUACUAAAAUUAAGAAAAGAAGCUAUUAACCAAGAACUGAUGUGGUUUAAGAAGUCUAUUAAUGCUGUUUCUUUCCCCUCCAGUAUAAUGUAUAGGACAGAUCUUUCACUGAGAUCAUACAGUUGGAUUUUAGGAAUUAAAAGUUCUCUGACAAAAAAAAAAAAAAGAACAACAUAUAAUUAUGUACUUGACAGGCUGUUUUGUCAUUUGUAAUACACAUUUUUCCAAUCAAAUCACAAUGUAUAUAAUCAUUAAACAGGCUGCUGUUGUUCUUGUUCUUCUUGUAUAUAAAUAAUGUAAAUACAACAAAGUUAAUGGCUAAAUUCUCUCCCAGUAAAACGCCUUAGAGCGUAAUGGAAAUAACCACAGAUGUUUGUCCCAUUGUGCUCUUAAAAAAACAUUAAGUAAGAUUUGUCAUUCACAACAGCAACUGUAUAUUUCUUUGUAAGUCAGCCCUAAAUGUACCAGAAAAGAAGAAUCGAGUCAUUUGUAUUAUAACUUUGCUAAAGAUGUAAAUACUUACAGCUCACCAGUUUCAAAAUUUAAUUGAAGUUACAGUGCUGAUCCUAUGUCAUUGAAUGCAGUAUUCCCAAGAACAAAGCCUUUGAGUUUUGUAGCAUUUAAUAUUAUUAUCAAGAGGUUACUAGCUGCAAUCGAAUGAAAUAUGCAUGAUGAGAUGCCAGUUGUUCUCUACCAUCUGUUUCCAUAUUUUUACUUUACCUCAGAUAUGAAACAGAAUUCAAAGAGGCCUGUUUCCAGGGGACACCCUACCAUUACUUGGCAAAUCAAUGCUGCGGCUACCCAUUCACAUUCAGCAUUUGGUUCUUUAAAAGGAGCAGAAAAUAUAUGGUCGUGGGAAGUUGCCAAUGAUGAAAAAAAGAAAAUAUCAUUUGAGUCAUGGAGUGGGGGGGUACUGACAGCUUUAUAUUUUACUGUCCUCAAACAUGAGGGACUUAAGACUUGAUUAACUCUACCUUUGCCAUCAUUACAGACAUCAUAGUAAUGGAGAAAUUUUUAAAUAUGAUAUGAAAAAGCAAUUAAGGUUCCAAAACACAACUGUGUAUUCUUCAUCUACAUGUGUGUCUUGGUCUAGGUUCCCCUAUUGAAGUCAGUGAGAGUACAUGGGUCAAUGAGACACUCAGGUUUGGCACAGGUUUCUAUGAAAAUUAGUGACAGACUUCCCAUUUAUUUUAGAGUGAGUGAGACUAGCUUGCCUAACAUCUUAGGAGAAAAACUCCAAAACUUUAAAAAAUUAAUUAAAUCCACUUGUUUGAUUUCUUGUGUGCUCAGAUGUAAAGAAAAGCUAAUCUGAAGAGUUUCACCUUUUUUUCCCCUCUUUUUUACUAAAUUUCCUUAUUAACAGUUAAGAGCUAGAGAAUUUUAGAAGUUUUCAUUGCACUCACCAGUGCUUCUCUAUCCUAAUUUUCAAAAUUACUAUUGCUUAUUGGCACUUCUGAAGCAGCUUGCUAGAAAUGCCAGAAUGCAUGAUGGUUUUGUGAUUUAAAUUAAGGCCAAGGACACAAACAUUGUCCUUUCAAAAAAGGUAGAAUUCCUAUGCCAUUUGGCCAAGCCCACAAACCCAAAGGUUUUCCUUUCAAAUGUCUUUAAAAUACAAUUUGAAAUUGUUCUGAUAUUCUUAUACAAUAAUUCUAAAACUUUUCAAAAUUUACUUUACAAAUAAUUAGGGCUCUAGCAUUCUUCGGCCUGUCGUAGGUAAAUAUGCCUAUGGAGCAUUACUGCAGAGUGUUCAAAUAUCCAGUCUUAACUCUUGACAAUUAAUUAUGUGCCAGAGCUACGAAUGUAACCAGCUUUACACUCUUGUUCUUCAGCUUUAAUUAGAGUUGGACAAAAAAGGGAUAUACUUUCCAUCCAAAAUACUCUUAAUUUCAAAACUGUUUGAUCAUCCGUAGCAUUGGCUUCAGCACAAGUGCUAUACAUCCUUCUACCUUUGUGUCAGCAUUUGUUAUAAAAAGAACUGGUAAUUAGAUUAGUCCUGUGAGCAACAGUUGCUCAUCUGAGAAUGCGUUUGACAGGCUGUAAGUGAAUAUAAGGAGAAAUCAAGACUUACCAAAUAAAACCUAAGCUUAUUUCCAUGUUAUGCUAGCUAAUAAAUGCUGAAGGUACAUCAAUUUUCUCGAGGUCUAAACAUUAAAUUAAUGCUCAUUUAUUUCAUGUAUCAUAAAAAAUAAAGAUUUUUUUAUCCCCAAAUUAUAGCUUAAUUCUAAAGUUAUUGUCCAACACAAAAAAAAAAAAAUAAAAAGUAUCACCCUGAAGUUGGGUGUUGAUUGAGCAAACCUGUGAAAGCAUCUUGCCUGUUCAAAGUUCUGCCUAAACCAGGAACAAAUAAGCCAUCCUGGAUGUACCCCUAUGUAAUUUUGUGCUUGGCAACACAUUACUUGUAAGCAUAUCAACAUGUUUUAUUAUGAAUCACUGUAACAAACUUGCUUAUACUUUACAGGAGGUAAUACAUACUGUAGUUCUUAUGCUAAAUAAAUCCAGCUAUAAGUCUUAAGAUCACAACGUUAGUAUGAAACCCACAUGCUGUGUUCCAUCUUUCACUGUGAAGGCUGAGGGUCUAAGAUGAUUAUGCCUCUACAGUAUAUUAUCUGAAUUUUUACUCAAAUUCACGAAAUUUAUGGAUUGAGUCAAAAGCUGACUGUUUCCAGUGACACAGCUGAUGAUAGCUACCAAGUCAGCUGUCACUCUUUUUUGCAUUUUAACAGCAUGUACAGUCAACAAGAAAGUUCCAAUAAAAACACUUUGUGCUUUUAUGAAGUCAAAAGAAUUGUUUGAAUUGCCACUGAAAAAGUGGUGCAUGGCUCCAGUAGAGAUAGGCUUGCAUUGCUAUUUAUAUUAUCUCUGUAUACUGCAGUAAUAUGUACAUAUGCACUCAAACAGCAGUAGCUGUAUUACUUUUGAUUAAUAAAGUGAUAGCCUCUUUUUUCAUUUUCAUGUGCUUCUUAUGGCAUAGAAAGACUGUCACACAUGCUAUAGGCAUGCUUGACAAUCUGGGGUCAAUAUGAGAAGUAAGUGGCAGCUAAGGGAGAGUCUGGGCUAAGAGCAUUGCUAGCUGAAGCAGGCUGCCUGUGACAGAAAGCAUUUACUAGGAAAGAAUGUCAGUAUAGAAAAAACUAGGUACCAAUUCAGCAGCUUCUAUAAGGAAACCUCUUUCCUCCAUGUUGUCCCAAGAAUCAUAAUCACAGUUACUUGGGACAUAACUUUAAAAUUUUUUAACCAUUUAACCAAAGAAUCUAACAGAUUCAGAAAAGAACAGGAAGGAUCUGUGGAGAUUGAGAAAGAGAAAAAUCCCCAAUAAAACCAGAAUUUCCAGGUAAGGUGGUAUAUUAAAUUACUUUCUCUAAAAUCUUUCCAUCCUCCUUCCUCAAAAACAAUAACAAAAGCAACAAAAAUCACUUAGUACAGCAUUGAUAAAUGAAGACAGAGCCACAAGACUUCUCUAAUUACAUCAAAGAGCAUAAUUAGCAAGGUGAGUUGGAAUAAUUUGUAUUACACUAGCAUUCAUUACAGGUCAAGGUCUUAGGGAAAUUUCUCUUUAGGGAAUAUAUAGAACUUGUCUGCAUUUGUCCCUUUAGAUUUUUUCCACUGUAAUUCAGUACUCCAGGUUUCCAUAGUCAAAGGCUUUAGUAGUGUAAUUGAAUAGUCAGAUACUUCAGCAAUGUCCAAUUAAACAAUAAAAAGAAUCAUGCAGAACUGAAUCAUGGAUUUACACAUCAUCAGAUGCAUGUCUGGGAAGGAAAACUGGCAUGCUCUGUACAUUCAUGACUUGUGUGGGUAGAGUUUAACUGGGUAUUCAGGCUGAUGCAAAAGCAAAAAUUUUUGCUGUAGAAGGAUCUCAUUCCUAUUGCUAUAGCUCUCCUCUGUAACCAAACCCAAAGUUUCUUAGGAAUCUCUGUGAACAAAAGCUAUCCACUCAAACAGUCCUUUAUGCUACAGACUAUGGUUCGGAGUAAAAAUUCAUUUUAGGCACUUACCAAAGUGCCUCUGUUUUUUAUUUUUUUAAUAGAAGGAGCCUAGAAUGAACUAGAACCCCAAUUCAGGUGUCACAUUAAAAGGCUAAUGCAAGAAUAGAUGAAUUGGAGUCUUAUUCUUCAACUGCACAGAACCACCAAUAUCUACCAGCACUAACUCUACAUUAUUUGUCCUUUCCACAUCUCGUUCACUGUGUAUGGGGACCAAGGAAUACGAAGCAGCACAAAGAAUCCAGAUCCAGAGAGGUCAGCUUGUUCUUGGUCAGGGUCAGUUUCGAACAGUAAGAAAGCGGCAAAUAUUCUUGGCAGCUCAUGCCUGAUUAUAAAAUAGUUCUGUUCCAUACAAUUACUGAUUUUUUGUUUGCUUAGAUAAGAAAAAGGACUAGUCAGUUAAAACAAGAAGAAAGGAAGAGAUACUGCUCAUAACAAAGCUACAGAAUUUCAUAUCCUUCUCUUGGGUUUGCAACAGGCUGAAAACUGGAUUGGCUAUCCUAAAACUACAUGGAUUUAAUUGACUGUGUUUAAUCAUAAAUUAAACAACAAAGUGACAAAUGUGACUUUGGAUACUGUGACAUCAAUCUGUGCUCAUGUGUCAGUCAGUGACAUUAACCCCUAACCUGACCAGUUGACUCUGGGCCAGCUGUCACAGGGUUUCACCAUUUUCACAUUCAUUACUCACCAUAUUCUUCUCUAACAGCAGUUACUACAAUAGUAUAUGGCCUACUUUUUUCUGUGUUAAAUAGUUCCAUUGGCUUCCUUAUUCAAGAUUUGACAGUGAAUUCAGUAUCUAUCCAAAAGAUGACAUGGGUACCAAAAAUACAAGUGGGGGAGGAGAAGUCCAAGUACACUGCCUUCUGAGAUGGUGGAACUGCGGUAUUCCAUGGGCACAAAGAGUACAGCCUAGAGAAACCAGGCAGAACUGAAGGCAUGAAACUAGAGUUCAUGACAGCAGAUGAAUGUCAACAAAAAUACACUUCAAAAGUUCUACUGCUAACACAGAAAAUGUUUAACACUAGAUGAUUUACCCACUCACUCAUUUACCACUUCCUCAGUGGCAUUUUAGCAAUCCCAUUUCAGCAUUACUAAUGAUCUCAGUGUUCCUAACAUAGCAAUGAUCAUAUAAAAACCAGGAAAGUGAAGAUCAGUUUAGAUUCAAAACUUGUAAUUCACUGAAUCAAUUCAGCUUUGUGCAUGUUCUGUCUUGUCUUGUAACAUUAGAGUGUAAGUCCUUAGGACAGGAUUCCUUGUUUGGUAGCUGUCCAUCACUAUGUAAAAUCAUACACCACAAAUAAAGAUAAAUUUCUACAUCACAAAUAAUGUCAAGGAGCUGUGCUGCCAAACUGAAAAUGGUCAGAGUUUGGCCUACUAAUGAUUAACAAUAAAACUAGACCUCUCUCCCUU